AUUGUAGGAGGUAACUGCAGAUGUGGUAGAAACAGCAAGAGAACUAAAAUUAGAAGUGGAGCCUGAAGAUGCGACUGAGUUGCUCCAGUCUCACGAUAAAAUUUUAACUGAUGAGGAGUUACUUCUUAUUAAUGAACAAAGAAAGUGGUUUCUUGAGAUGGAAUCUACUCCUGGUGAAGAUGCUGUGAAGAUCCUGGUGAAGAUUAUGGAAAUCACAACAAAGCAUUCAGAAUAUUACAUAACCUUAGUUGACAAAGCAGCGUCAGAGUUUGAGAGGAUUGACUUCAAUUUUCAAAGAAGUUCUACUGCGGAUAUCAUGGCAUCAAACAGCAUCACAUGCUGCAGAGAAAUCGUGAAAGGAAGAGUCAAUUGAUGCAGCAAGCUUCAUUGUUGUCUUAUUUUAGGAAGUUAUCACAGCUACCCCAACCUUCAGCAACCACUGCUCUGAUCAGGCAGAGCCGCCAACAUCAAGGCACGACCCUCCACCUGCAAAAAGGUUAUGACUUACUGAGGGCUUGGAUGAUGGCUAGCAUUUUUUAGCAGUAAAGUAUUUUUUAACUAAAGUAUGUACAUUGGGUUUUCAGAUAUAAUGCUGUUGCACACUUAAUAGACUGUAGCUAUAUUGUAAACAUAGCUUUUGUAUGCACUGGGAAACCAAAAAAUUCAUGUGACUUGCUUUAUUGCAAUAUUAGCUUAUUGUGGUGGUCUGGAGCUGAACCCACAAUAUCUUCGAGGUGUGACUGUAAUUGUUAUGUUACAGUGAAUUUUUUUUUUAAAAAAACUUUGAUCUAGCAGAAUAUUGUCCUAAUUGUACUUCUUCCUAGCAAGAACCUGUUCCUUGAAAGUGCAAUAUUUCUUAAAUUAUAUCUUUUCAGAUGAGAAGACUGGUAAAGACUUCUUCCAAAGUGUGUUGUGAAUUUGAGGAUCAGGAUGACAAAUGCUAUUUAAUGAUUGAUACAGUAUCUGUUAAAAUUGUUUUGGAGGAUUAGGAAAUUGGAUUAAAUGAGUAAAAAUGAUAAACUAUAUUAUUUAAUAAAGAGACACAAAACUCAAUUUAAGUUUUCAUUUGAUGGAAAUAGUUUGUUGUUCUCCUAUAUAGUUUAAUUUUAACUUUACUAUGAGGUUUAAAAACAUUUGCUACAUAUGUUUUGCUAUCUAGCUUAGAUUGUAAACCCUCUGAGGAGAAACUCUAUUCCUUGUAAAUCAUCUAGCUUAUUCUUGCUUUGAUAAAUAUUAUAUAACGUUUAUUAGAAUAAUGAGAUUUCAAAACUACCUGAAAAGUUUAAAUUAUAUGGAAUAGAAUUUUAUAAGAUGCUUAAAUAGAUCCUUUUUUAUUUGUCCUCUUACAACAAUCACAAACUUGAAAUUUCUCUCCUGUGUAAAUUUGCUAAAUGCUUACUUUGCAGUAAAUACCACCUACAUAAUGACAUAAGAUAUAAGAAUCAAUAGCUGUAACUAAAUCAUUAAGCAGAUUGUUGAUACUUUGCAUGAUUAUAUUUUAUGAAGUACCUCACCCCAUGAGUUGUAUUUAUAUUUAUUUACUGUAUGGAAUGACAUAAAAGCCAAGUUACAAAUUACUCUGUUAAAGGCAGCAGGGGGACUGCUACUAUAAUGUAUAUUUUAAAUGAAUAUUAGUAAAGAAAGAAACUAAGAAAGAAAUAGUAAAUUUCAGGGAUGAAUGUUAUAAGUCAUUGGGAAAUGUCAGAUUUUUUUAGAUUAUGAUAACUGUAAUUUUACCCGAAAAAUCAUUCUGUGGGAACAUUAAAUCAAAGUGAAAUACAAUAGAAGCAUUGGAAGGCAUUUACAGUUCUCUUUUGCAUAUAUAGUAAAAAUAUGUUGCUUGUUAGGAAAUUGGUUAAGUGAUCAUCUCUGUAUCAUCCUUUCUCACUGUAGAAAUAGAGGUAUGUCUAUUUGGAAAUGGCAAGAAAAUAGCAAUGUUUUGGAGCUUUUUUUUUUGGUAGUGGAUAUGCAUAAUGUAUUGCUAUCAUGGCUUAAUGUAAUUAGUUAUAUAACAUAUUUUUCGAAGACUCUUUUAGACCCUAAUAUUUCUCCUAAGCCUGGGAAGAUGAGAGGUAGGAUACUAGCUUUGAGAUGCUUUGAAAUCCUGCCUCAGUUAAGGCAUACAAAGAAUGAGGUGAAUAAGUGACAUUGAAUAAGGUUUUACAACAACUUCAGUUUAUUAGUUUCAGGUUUAAUGCUAAGAAAAGUAAAAUUGAACGUUAAAAUUUAUAUUAUUACUUUUUUAAAUGCUGUUUUAUCUUAUUUGAUGAGUGCAUAAGGUAGAGGAAAACUGGGCAAAUAUCAGGGUGAUAAUUGUAUAGUGUACAAGGACUUUUUUCUAACAAUGUUAAAUCUGUUGUCUGACACUGUUAAUGCUAGAUUAUUUCAUUGCAUGCACAUUGAGGUACAGGAGUAUUUGUGUUAUUUUAAACCAUUUAGUCUUUAGCAGAAAUUGCUGAGGUGCUGAUUUAACGUGUUUCGUUAUAAGAAAAUUUGACAUUUUAGUAUAAUAUAGUGUAAUUUUUAGAGUUCAGAAUAGAUUUGGUGUCUUUGCUAAGUACCUGAUGUGUAACUUUUAGAUUUUCCCCGUCCCUGCCGUCCAUUGUCCAAUUUUUCACAGACUUUAUGACAAAGCUAUUGAGUUUGUGCAUUCAUAUCUAAGUUGGAUUGCAAGCCACGAUAGUGAUAGAGGGUAAGAGGAAGAUCCCAAACCAAGGUCCUUUGAAAUUUACAACUUUUUGUAGUAAAAUUUCCCCCCCAUCAUGUCACUACAUAGUUAUUUAAAAUCUUUUUUCUUGAUUAUAAAAGCAAUGAAUAUUUUAUAAAGAGGAAAGGAACUGGUACCCAUAUCUCACCACCCAUACAUAAUAUGUUACUGUCUUUAGGUAAUAAUUACAAAAUAAAAUUGUAUUAGAAUCAUUAUUGGAAGAGGCCCUCUUUUAAAUUCCACGUUCUAUCAAAAUAUAUCUUAUUCUGAGUAGAAUGGAUAAGAAGAUACUAUGAUGAGAUGAUGGAUAACUAAAUAGGGACUGAAAUGAUACUUUAUGAGAAGACUCAGAGGGAAAAGAGUCCCUAUCAAAUUACUGAAAUGUGGACCAAAAAGGAGAAAACAAACAUCUGACUCCCAUGAGCAUAUCUAUGGAAAUGUAAGGUUAUGUAAAUAUAGAGUGUUGUUAACUGUGUUACAUAUUAUUUACACAUAUCACUUGAGAUUUUGAGGUUAUAUUUUGAUUCUGGUUGCUUUUUAGUUAGCUUUCUGCAUCCAAAUUAAAAACAAUGUCUUCACAAUGGAGAAAUACCAAUAAAGAUGCCAAUUUUACAUUUUUAAGUUCUUUAUUUUCAAAAUUUAAUCAGUAGGUUAUUCUUAAAAUUUAAUCAAUAGGAUCUUGUCCUGAAACUUCCCAGGUGUAUUUUCUGCUUUUCACUGAUGGGAUUGGGGUAGAAAUCAUUCCUAUUUAUCUGAAUGAGAACCCUUUGGUGAAAUUCUUUUGAUUCUAAGAUAACUAGAUGAAAUGUAAUGCAUAAAUCAUGUCACAGCAAACAGUUGUCACCUGGCACUAAGCUUGAUGAAAUUUAAAAAUGUUGGCUCAUUGCCUAUGGUGUUCAGUUAGCGUCCUAUAGAAAGUCUGUUUGUGCAGAUAAAGCCGUUCUUGGUAAGGGGAGAUUCGUCUUUCAAGUGAUAGGGUUUGUAUGAGUUUAUUACAGAGUCCCAACUCUGAGCUCCCAAGACAUACUCAGCAAGGCUUUGUUUUAAUUUCUCAUUGCUCUCCCUUUGGCAUACUUAUAAGACCCUCAGCUUGGUGAAACUCUUAGUGUUGAUUUAGUCCGGCAUCACCCACAGUGCAGGAAUGUUUUCAAUAAUAUUCCCAGAAGACAGUCAAAUUUGGGCUCUAAGAUACUGCUUUUAUUUGCAGCUCUUGGCUCCCUGUCAAACCUAGUCUUCACUUUCUUCUCUUACCAAAAGUUCUACAUCCAUCUUUACUUAUUGGUAGCUUAGUCUGAUACCUAGCCUUUUCUUGGAGAACGAUAAAGAUCUACUCAGCCUGUGCAGAAGAAGACGAGUGAACACACGCUCUUCAACUCCAGAAGAAACAAUAGCUACAGGGCUGUUUAUUUCACACAGGGCCCAACUUUCUUCCUAACUGCUGGAUUAGAUUUUGCCAUUCCCAGACCUUAAGACUUCUUCUGUCACUAAUAGGAAAACUAAGUUUUUUAAUAUCUUUGGAUGUCACACAAAUGUGUACCCACCGAAAAAAAACCUUUUUGUUCCCAUUUCCUACCCCCUAUUACAUUCUCUUUCCAUAGGUAAUUAUUCUCAUAUUUUUUAUCUGAAUCCUUUUAUUUGUACGUGUUCCUGUAAAACAUGUAGAUUCACUUUGUGUGCAGACAAAUGCUUGAUGUGCAUGUAUUUUAAUUUUACAUUGCUGGUAUUAUACUCUAGGUGUUAUUUAGUUUGCCCUCAGCGCUGUUUUAAAGAUCUCCCGAUGAUAUUGGGUGUACAGCUUGAUUUCUUCUAACUGCUGCAUAGCAUUCGUAGUGAGCAUUUGCUUCAUUUUAUUUGCCCUAUGUGUUAGACACCUAGAUUACAGGACCUUUUUAUAACCGACUCCAUGACACUUAAAUCCCAGCUGCAUGAAGUUAAUCUCUCUUGUGUGAAAACAAUCUACUCUUUAUAUUGCUAUUCUUUUGCACAUCCUUCCAGUCUUUAAAUGACUACCUCCUCACUUCUCAAGACUCGACUCAGAUAUUAUAUUUCCUUGAUGAAGACUCCAGCAGCUAUUUCAUACUCCAGCUAGUUGCUCUGUACUCUGCUCACACAGCGCUUACUUUUAUCUUGGUAAUAUAAAAGCCCCUAUUUCUGCCUAAAAGUCUAGUUUUCCCUCUGGAUUCCUUGAAGUCAGGGACAAGAUCUUAGGCAUCUUUAUGUUUUUUGCUUUAGUUUGGUUGAAUUGCAUACAUUUGGCAAGCAGUAAAACAUUAAUUGAAUGAAUAAAAUGUGUGUAGGUUCUUUAAAAUGAAAUACUAUAUAAGCACAAUUGAUUCUCGUAUGUAAGAAAAGGUUAGAACACAAAUGCAGAAAUAGGAUACAGGAGGCUGAAAAAACUGAGGUUUGUAAAGAUCUUAAGAACCACAACAUGUUACGUUCAGAUCAUGAAGAAAAACAAGCAAAAGGAUCAACUAUUGCUUGGGGACAGAUGGUGUAAUACUAGAUGUUGGAGUGAAGGUGGAGCUAUGGAACUCCUGAGUUGGUUUCAACUUCUCUAUCAAAAGAAAAUGAUCUUCAAAUUCAGUAAAAGAGACUAAUGGUUGUAACAAGGAAAUUAAAGUCCUAAGAAAGGGAAGCAGUAAUGAGAAAGCACUUUGAUGCUCUCAACUAUUUAAUGCUCUAGGAUUGAAUGACUUGCAGAAAUGAAUGGUUUGGUGAUCUUUGAGCAAUUAUGGUCAAUACCAGAUGUGCCAAAAGACUAAAGAUUGUACAGAUUCUUUUUGUAUUUUCAAAAAAGAGGGGUAAAAGUAAAAUUAUAAAUUAGUGGGUUUCAAGUCUAUCUUUGGGACAAUUCUUUAGUUCAUCAUUAGACAAAUGGUUUGUGAAGACUUACCUAGAAAAGAAGCUUUUCUUUCGGAGACCCCAUGGGUUCACUAGGAAUGUGUCAUGUUAAACCUAUGUAAUUUUUUUUUACCAUGUAAGUGGAGUGAGUUGCUUUUGGCAAGACUUUGGACAAGUGUCUCAUGAUAUGUUUAUGAAAUAGAUGGUCAAAUUAGGAGCUGUUUUAUAAGAACAGGUAGGUUCAUUGAGGGUUGAAAAAAUCUGAUGAAUGAAUUGGUGUCAGCUUGGAGAGAGGUAUUUCUAGUGACGUGGCAUGUCUCUUUCUUUCACUCUGUUCGAUUAAUCAUUUUUAUCACUGACUUGGAUGAAACAGGCCCAUCCCAUUUGCAUAUCACAUAAGGCUGGAAGUGAAAGCUAAUAGUUUAGGUGAGGGAAUCAGGAUUGAAAAAAAGCUUAGCUAUCUGAAAUGAUUGGUUGAAACUGAAAUGGUCUAUAAUAGUGAUUAAUGUAAAAUUCUGCAUAUAGGUUUGUCAAGUUAUCACACUAGUCCAGAAUUGAGUAGACGUGUUUUAAGAGCAAUUCAUAUGAAGAAGACCUGGGAAUUUGUGAUAUAACUGUCACUGCUAUGUGCCCGGUGUACACUGUUUUAAUAGAAGUGCAGUGUUUGGAACAGGGAAGCUACAGUCUCUCUUUACUGGUGAGCAAAUACCAUUGUGUUAAUUUAUAGCUUCCAGGUUUUAAGAAGUGUCUGGGGACUUUGUCAUGAAAGGAUUAUUUCAAGGAAUCAGGGUGGUUUGCUUAUUAAAAUUUAACUUUUGUAUAUAUACGUAUAGAGUGAGGAAUCAUCAGAAUAAUAGCUGUUUUCAAAUAUUUAAAGACCGAAAGAGAAAUUAGCCUAAUUCUAUAUUCGUUCAGCUUUAAAAAAAAAGUAUUGAGUACCUACUUGCAGGGCUGGAAAUUGUGCCAGACUUUGGGGAUAUAAUAGUGACUAAAAACAAAAAAAAAAUGACCUCAUCUUUAUCCUUUGUGGCACUUGACAGUCCGAUAGAAAAGUCAGACAUUAACCAAAUAAUUAUAUGAGUCAAUGUAUUUGCAGCUAUAAUAACUUCAAUAAAGUAGAGGUACAUGGCACCCUGAGAGUAUAGAGUAGGGACAUUUGAUUUGGUUAGUAAGGGAAAGUUUGCCUGAGGAAGUGAUGCUUGAGGUAAGAGAGAGAGUGUAUUAACUAGGUGAAAAGGGGAGGGGAGGGAGAUCCAGGAUGAGUGAGAGUGGUGGUUAUAAAGGACAGAAAGUCUGUCUGAUGCACAGAGAAUACUCCGAAGCUCAAAAGAUAGGAAGAGUUCAGGCCACUCAGACUUUGAAGACCUUGGUGAAACAUUUAUUCUGUAUCUAGAAACAAUGAAAAGCAUUUGCUGGUCUUACCUCAAAGACUAUCUGAUUUAAAAUGGGAAGAUGUCUCUGGCUACAGUGUGGGGAGUUGAUUGGCUUGAGGCCAGAGAGGAUGUGGUAAAUGACCUGAGGAAGGAUUGUAGUUGGGUGGACAGAGGGCAUUGCACUACAAGAAAUGAGACCUGUCAUUGAAAGCGGAAUUCAGCUGUGGAGAUCAAUGGGAGAGUGUGGAAAGAGUUCUAUUUGGAGGCAGAACACUUGGGUAUGAAUCGCAGUUUGCCGCUUAACUAGCUUGGUGGCCUUGUGCAGAUCAUUGUAUUUUUCUGUUCCUGAUUUAACAGCAUAACAUUUUUGCUGGCAGGUUUUAUCAGGAUUAAGUGAUUUGAUGUACAUGUGAAUGACUUACAGACUGUGAAGUAUUACAUAAAAUGGAGGAUUUGAGAAAAAAAGCAUUAGUCAACAAUGGCCAUUAUUGGACUUGGUGGUCUAGUAAUGGAAUGGCAUACUUAAGUGGUUCCUCCUCUAACUAUUUGGAAUAGAUGGUUUUAUUUAAGAUUUUUAUCAUUGUAGCUUCAGGUUUCCAUUCCUCUUCCCACUUGUUUCGGAGCAUUCACUAACAGGCACAAUCUAAAAUUUACAGUGACUCCAUGCUUUUCUACUUUCUAGGAGCAGUCACGUUGCUAGAUGUGAUUUUAAAUUAGAUAUGCAUGAGGUGUUUUUCUUAUGUGUGAUCUCAAAAGCAAGAAGCAGUUUUAAAAUGAGAAAGUAUAAAAUAUUCUGCAAUAUAUCUUUUGGUAAGGUAGUAAUUUCAUAUCUUAAGGUACAUUCAAGUACACAGAGAUUCACAUAUAUUUCUACUCUAGAGUGUUGCUUGUGUAUAUAUAUGUAUGUGUGUGAAUCCGUGCAUUUAUACAUAAUAUCCUGUAAGUGCAAAUAUACUUUAGUUUUUGAAAUGCUUUAAUUUAAAACCACGAUAAAAUAGAAAUAAGGGUAAAAACAUGUUGAGCUACUUUUUUGAGACAGAUAGGAAAGGAAUAAUAUUUCUAAUAACUCAUAGGAAGGACUAUGAAUUGGUAACAUAUUAUUUAUUCACAUAUAUAUGUACACAAAAGCACUCAACAAAUAUUCAUUGAGUACAUAAAAUGUUUACAUGCAUUGUUGUAACCUGUACUUUUAUUAAAGUUAUUUAUAUGUGUUACCAGUAGUCUCAAGAAUCUGUCUAGGUAAAAUGUGACAUGCCCUUAUGCAAUCUUCUGGCAGAAUCCCAAAGACAACUUCAACUGUAGCAUUCUGCACAUUUAAUCAAGUUUUAUGUUGUUCUUGAAUAUUUUGUUGCUUUUAUGUCCAUAAGAAUUAUUCAGUUCUAAAUAGUGUGUGACUCCUGAAUGUUUCUUAUGAUUUGAGAAUUUCUCUGCAAAGAGGGAAAUGCUGUUUAUUCUCAUUAUUUAAUGCUUUUUCUUUAGGGAAGUAGGAAUAAUAAUUGCUGAAAGCCAGUUGCAUUUUAGGAGUGUUAAAAUUUGGAAGGUGCUUCUGGAUUCAUAGCUCAAUAGAAGACACAUUUGAGUGAGAAAUCAGUUCUUCCCACAGACUUCCAUUUGUACUGGUAAUGACAGUAAUAGGUGGACCAGGCACUAUGCUAAGGAUUUUACUUGUAUUUUUAUUUAAUCUUUCCAAUAACCUUGUGGAGUGUGAGUGUUAUUAUUCCAGCUUUACAGAUGAGGAAGCUGGGGUUUAGUGAGGUUAAAUAACUGGUGAAUAGACAGGCCUAGGUUCCAUCCCAAGUCACUUUUGAUUCCACGACUCCUAUGCUAUUUUGAAACAACUGAUUUGGUACAUAAGAAGUUGAUUGAAAUCAUUUUAGACUAAUCUCCUGGAGCCAUGAUUUUUGCCGUGGUACUAUAUUAAAAGGAGAUAACACACAGAUAGCUCAUACAAAGGUAAAAAAAGCCUAUUUUCAUCUCUGGGUAAUAAUGGAUUUCUUGUUGUGGCUUUUGUAAUAAGUUUUUAAAUAGUUAAUGCAAACAGUAGUAAAAAACAAUUCUCAUAGUCCAAGAGUAUACACAAUGCAAAUCAUGUCUUCCUCCCACUCUAGCCUCCUGUUCUCCCAGAUAGAGGCAACCAUCUAAUUUCUGAUUAUUCUUCCACAGGUAGAGUUAACAGUGAAUUGAGUUUUUGAAAAAAUGACAUUUGAGCAUGAAGUCUAAAGAAACAAACUGAAAACAGCCAGAUCUGGCACCAGGUUGACAUCCAAGUGGGUCAAGCCAGAGAAGGGUGGAACAGGAUUCAGAUGACAUGCUCAGGGAUGAGAAUGCAGACAGACCAUCACACUAGCCUCCUUCCCAUAGGGAUAUCCGAAAGCCCUCCAGAGACCAUCAUGCAGACAUCAGAGACUGGGUCGGACACAGGUUCGACAGUGACUUUACAGACAUCUGUGGCUAGUCAAGCAGCAGUGCCUACACAGGUGGUACAGCAAGUACCAGUACAACAACAGGUACAGCAGGUACAGACUGUGCAGCAGGUACAACAUGUCUAUCCAGCUCAGGUGCAGUAUGUGGAAGGAAGUGAUACUGUCUAUACCAACGGAGCAAUCCGAACAACAACCUAUCCUUACACAGAAACGCAGAUGUACAGCCAAAACACUGGAGGAAAUUACUUUGAUACUCAAGGGAGUUCUGCACAAGUGACUACCGUGGUCUCGUCCCACAGUAUGGUGGGCACUGGUGGGAUUCAGAUGGGCGUCACGGGAGGACAACUCAUCAGCAGCUCUGGCGGAACCUAUCUGAUCGGCAAUUCAAUGGAGAAUUCUGGUCAUUCAGUGACACAUACCACUCGGGCCUCCCCAGCGACAAUUGAAAUGGCGAUUGAGACGCUGCAAAAGUCUGACGGUCUGUCCACUCACAGAAGCUCUCUUCUCAACAGCCAUCUCCAGUGGCUGUUGGAUAAUUACGAGACAGCAGAAGGAGUGAGCCUUCCCAGAAGCACUCUCUACAACCACUACCUACGACACUGUCAGGAACACAAACUGGACCCAGUCAAUGCUGCUUCUUUUGGAAAACUAAUAAGGUCAAUUUUUAUGGGGCUACGAACCAGGAGAUUGGGAACUAGAGGAAACUCCAAGUACCAUUACUAUGGGAUUCGUGUCAAGCCAGAUUCCCCUCUUAAUCGUCUGCAAGAAGACAUGCAGUAUAUGGCUAUGAGACAACAACCCAUGCAACAGAAACAAAGGUACAAGCCUAUGCAGAAAGUGGAUGGGGUUGCAGAUGGUUUCACAGGAAGUGGUCAACAGACAGGCACAUCUGUUGAGCAAACUGUAAUUGCCCAAAGUCAACAUCAUCAACAGUUUUUAGAUGCAUCUCGAGCACUUCCAGAGUUUGGAGAAGUUGAAAUCUCUUCUCUGCCAGAUGGUACUACCUUCGAGGAUAUCAAGUCACUGCAGAGUCUUUAUCGAGAGCACUGUGAGGCAAUAUUGGACGUUGUUGUGAAUCUUCAGUUUAGCCUGAUAGAAAAAUUGUGGCAAACAUUCUGGCGCUAUUCUCCCUCUACUCCAACUGAUGGCACUACCAUUACUGAAUCAAGCAAUCUGAGUGAAAUAGAAAGUCGACUUCCGAAAGCAAAGCUGAUAACUCUGUGCAAACAUGAGUCUAUCCUGAAAUGGAUGUGUAACUGUGACCAUGGGAUGUACCAGGCUUUGGUGGAGAUUCUCAUCCCCGACGUCCUUAGACCUAUUCCUAGUGCCUUGACCCAAGCCAUUCGAAAUUUUGCAAAAAGCCUUGAAGGUUGGCUUUCCAAUGCCAUGAACAAUAUUCCACAGAGAAUGAUACAAACCAAGGUUGCCGCUGUAAGUGCCUUUGCCCAGACUCUGCGAAGAUACACGUCGCUCAAUCACCUGGCCCAGGCGGCUCGUGCAGUGCUUCAGAACACCUCUCAGAUCAACCAGAUGCUCAACGACCUCAACCGUGUUGACUUUGCCAAUGUCCAGGAGCAGGCUUCCUGGGUGUGCCAGUGUGAUGACAACAUGGUUCAGAGACUAGAAACAGACUUCAAGAUGACUCUUCAGCAGCAGAGCACCCUGGAGCAGUGGGCUGCGUGGCUUGACAAUGUGAUGAUGCAAGCACUGAAACCCUAUGAAGGAAGACCCAGUUUUCCUAAAGCUGCCAGGCAAUUUCUCCUAAAAUGGUCUUUCUACAGCUCAAUGGUCAUUCGGGACUUAACCUUACGCAGUGCUGCUAGCUUUGGCUCCUUCCACCUGAUCCGUCUGCUCUACGAUGAGUACAUGUUCUACUUAGUAGAACAUCGUGUUGCUCAGGCAACAGGAGAGACACCCAUAGCAGUCAUGGGCGAGUUUGGUGAUUUAAAUGCUGUGUCUCCUGGAAAUCUGGAUAAAGAUGAAGGCAGUGAAGUGGAAAGUGAAAUGGAUGAAGAACUAGAUGACUCUUCAGAGCCUCAAGCCAAAAGAGAGAAGACCGAGCUGACCCCGGCGUUUCCAGUGGGCUGUAUGCAGCCUGUUCUGGAGAGCAGUGUGCAGCCAAGCCUCCUGAAUCCCAUUCACAGCGAGCACAUCGUCACGAGUACUCAGACUAUCAGACAGUGCAGCGCCACAGGAAAUACCUACACUGCAGUCUAAAGAAUAUUAAAGCAUAUUUUUCCAGCUAACGUUAACCCUGUUGAUAUUGGGCUUAAGUUGAAAAUUUAAUAAGCCUGAAGGUCGACUGUUGUCAAAUUCUAUCUGUGCUGAACAUUACCUUUUUGGAGUUGUGAAAUGGAAUGGGUGUAUGUAUUUUGCCAGGUCUUUUUUUUUUUUUUAACAUAAACAAAUUAUUUGCCUCUUAAUAAUGUUCCCCCCCCCUUAGUUUCAGGUGUCAAGAAGGAUUUUUACAACACUUAAUGUCGAUGUUUUUGUUUUCUUAUAAUUAAAAAGUAAUUUACUUUUUUUGUAGCUUAAAAUAUUUUAUUGUUGAUUGUUAGUCUUGGUGUAUGAUUUCAUGUGUAAGUUUUUAAUUAGAUGCACUUCUGUGAAAUAUCAAAAGAAAUGAAUUUCUUUGAUUUACACUGGAGGCAUGCCCAUUUGGCAGCAGAUGCAUCCAAUUUGCUUUUGAAAGGUGCUUUUCAUUGGACAGAACCACAAGACACUAUUUUGAUACCAUUUUGGAGUAUGGAGAGAAUACAGAGCAUUUUUAUUAUAGUGCUAGAGGGUUGGGAAGGCCAUCUAUUUUUCUCUGAAGAAAAAUUGAGCUGUGCAUUUAUCAGUUCAGAGUAAAUGACAGAAUUGCAAGAGAUUAUGCUAAUAUGUACAUAAUUUGUGUACAUAAUUAUUAAACCAUGUUAAUGCAAGCUUCCGUUAAACAUUGAAUUUUAACUGUUAUUUACUUACCAAUUCCUCUGUUUGAAGACUACUGAUUCUGUAUUUGGGACCACUGCACAGAUGCAUUCUGCUGUUGAGUGGGGCUGUUAUAGUAGAUACUGAAGCUGAAAAAAUGACUUGACUUUUUUUUUUUUUAAGUGUACAUGCUACUUAUGCUGAGCUGGACAUACAGGAAACCAUUCCAUUUGGAUGACUUUCUUUUAUUCCAGGUCUUUUUCCUAAUAGUAGUUCAAUAUGCUGCUAUUAUAAAAGAAAAUUUAUAGAAUGCAAGGAAUGUAGCAACCUGCAUAUCGUUAUUUCCUUCAAAAAUAUUUCCUGGUUUCUAAAGUAAGUGGAUUUAAAUUUUAAACAGAACCUGAAGGCAGUGUAACUGGCACACCGCUCUGUUGCUUAUCCCCGAUUCUGUAGGAUUUGGAUAGGUGGCUGGAUGGACCCGUGCCAUUGAAGAAUGUACAUCAGGGAUCAUCGUACCUCGGCUAUUACAUGGUGCCUUAAAACAGAACUGAAGCUAAGGUUUAGUAAGGCUUAUUUUGUUCAUGUGAAUUCCUCUUCAAUCCAUUUGACAAGGUGUGCCUGUCAUUUUCAGAUUCCCGAAGUAAGGACAGGUUACAUGUUCUUCAAAGGAAAUUGAGGGCAAACAAAGCGAAACAAAAAGAUGAAAAUCACUUCCCCUCUUUGAGUGACUGCGAACCUAUUUUUUGUGCUUAGAGCUAAUAUUACUUGAUUACAAACCAGAUUGCUUAAGGGUGUGGAAUAGCAGGCUAGUUUUAAUUACCAACUUGUUACAUAAAAUCAUGUAUGUUUUAGACCAUUCUUAUCUAGUUAUAUUUAAGAAAGUUAACAAAAUAAGCAGGUACUUAUCGAAGUGCAUCUUUUCAGUCUAAAUGUUGUCUGUGUGUCUCGGUGUCUGUGUGUCCACAUGCACACACGAGUGCCUGUGGGCAGGAGUCAGCUACAAAGUCCGACGGUGAGAUCCUAGAGAGGAUACACCCAUCCCCGUUUUAAUUUACAUGAAAAGCCAAGGUUCUUUUAAGCACUCAAAUUAUUAACAAAAACCAGGCACAUCCAUUCAUUUAAAUAGUCGUAAAAUAAAAGCUAAUCAGCAAAAAUAAAUACAGAAGCCAAAAAAAAGGGAAAGCACAAAAUGAUUUACAGAUUAUUAAUGAGGCCUAUAUUAGACUCAAGAUGUUUAUCUUUCCGGUUUUAUUGGGGUGAGGGGUGGGGGGGUGGAAAGAAGAGGGCGAGCCAGUCUGUGAAGUUAAAAAUACCAAAUGGCUUAUUGGGUGAUAUGCAGGAUACUUCAACUGCUGUUGCUUGAUUGCCUUAGACUGCUCAAAUAACUAAGAUCAACAGAGUUUCUUAAACUUUGAAUGUUUUAGAUGUAAUUUUUAAAAUUGAUUCAAAUUUUGUAUUAUACAAUUCAUUCAUAUAUUUGAAAGUCGUCACUAGCAUCCUAGCAUAACCUUCAUAUCAUUUAAAUGAUUAUCCCCCUUUUUGCUCCCAAAAGGCGAUGAAUUUGCACCAUCACACACAAAAAAAGGCAAACAAACAAAACACCUUAAGCUGCGAAGACCAUGUAUCUACUUCAUUGUGCAUUAGGACACGUUUACAGGUAAAAUUAAAAUCAGAAAGUGGGAAAAACACUCUUCAUUCUGACUCUCAAUUUUUUCACUUGCCUAUCCCUGUCCACCACCCCCAGAACUAUACUGUAUCUGUAUUGGACCAAAUGUAUUUGCUGGUUUCAUCUUGUUUAUUGAACGAUUUUAAAUGUAUUUAUUAUCACUGUUUAAUGUUGGAUAUAUUUGUAUCGUUAGAGGAAUCUGAUAAUAAUGGGCAAAUUUAGAUUGAUGAAAGUUAGGGAUUGGGGACCCUCCAGGAUUCAACAUUUCUUCCAAUUGUUCGUGGUUUGUUCUAAAUUAGGACAGAUUAGGAGUUAAAUAUUGUUACAUUUCAACUUGACUCACUAAAAAUCUUCUGAUCUCCUUUAUGAACACAGUUAGGAACGUUAGUUCUUUGUGACGAGGGUAGAUAGUUCUGACUGACAGAAAAAAAUAACAGCUACGAUCUAUGCUACUUGCAGUUCUUUGUAAUCCACAGUAAGACACAUGUGCGUAUCCAGUCACACACAAACAUCCUAGCUGAUUUUGAGUUUGAGUUGUAAAAUAUAUUAGAAAAUAAAAACAUAAUUUAUACAUUUGAGCAAAUUGGAGCAAUCACAUUUAUUGCAUUUAUUGAACAUUUUCUUUCCAUUUUUUUCAUUCAUUGAAACUGUGACUUUUCUAAAUCACAUUAGACACCAAUACUCUCAGAGUAAAUUUAUUGACAAGUGACAAGCACACAUUUUAAGGACUUAUUAAUAUUUCUUGGCAGUGUAAUCAAACACUUGUCAUGAAAAAUAUCUGCAUAGACCAAGUACUACACUUUGAGUGAGGAAAAAUGUAAGGAAGGUAUGUUGGCUAUUUUUAAUUUUCAGAAAGAUAUUUCCAUGUAGUAGGAUUGAGUAUCGUGGGCAUAGUUUGAUCUUCACAUACACUUUGAGAAUCAUACCCAAAAGAUUUGCAUUCGUGAAGCCAGGGAACAAUAGGGUGAAAUGGGUGAACCAUCUCCUUGGAACACAGGGCCCAAAUUUUAAAAUUUUUCUUUGAGUAUCAAGUGGCUGGUCACUUUUUUCAGGAUUCUCAUCCAAACUGUGUUUGGACUGACUGUAUAAGUCUUACUGCCUUUUCAGAAAUCUGCUUUCCUUUUUGUGCUUUUUCUUGUACUGUAUAGCACGGUUCAUGCACCUCUCUUUAGAUGGUGUACUUUAAAAACAAAAGUAAAUUUUAGAAAAUGGUUUUAACACUGCAUACCUAAAAUUAGUGUGCAACAUUGACUGCCUUUGAUUUGUAGUAGACGAGUAAAAAUGAGCGCGUUCUUGUAGAAUGCUGUCAGAGUCGUUCAGGAAUGAAUACGGUUUCGUGACCGUAAUCAGGAACCUUUGUACAUGAAUGCACUCUCGAGAAGUGCUAAACGUGAUGCAUUUUCAAAUUUUAAAAAAAUUCUUCAUAUGAUAUAUUUGAAAUGUCUAAAAUAAUGCUGUGCUUGAAACAUUAGUGUAAAAGGAAGAAAAUGUGUGUCACUGUGAUGUUGGUCCUCCCUGUGUGGACACAAGUAGAAAGUAAAAAACUUCGGCAAGUCACCUUUGUGUACAACUUGAGGCAGUGGUUAGGUACAACAAAUUGACCUUUGUUAUAACUUCCCCUCCCCCGAAUCCUUGGUGAGAAAAUAACAGCCAUUGAAACAUUGCAAUCAGAACUGGUGAUUUGUAUGAAUCCCAUCAGAACAUGGGGGAGAGGGGUUGACAUGCAGUGCUAUUGACAAUUGGGCUUGUCACUAGAUCAGAUCAACCUCCAUGUAUAUGGUUAGAACAGAUCAAUUAAUGGAAUCCUAGUAUUUCUGCAAGUUUGGUGAUUUUUUUAAAAACCGGAAUAGAAGCAUUAAUUCAGUGCUUUGUUCUAGUAUUAGAAAACCCCUUUGAUGUAAUGCCUUGUAUUAACCCUUUGAGCAUUGUAAGAUAUACAAUGGGGGACAAAAGCCUUUCAGAUCAUUUAUUUAGACUUAGACCGGUAAAAUAUACUCUAUAUCCAAAUGUCUAAUUAUGCUGUUUUUUUAAAGGGGGGGUAGGAAGAGAAAGUGUUUCCACGCUGGACACUUGCAUUUUAUAUACAACUCUUAAUUUUCUUCAAGAGGGCUUGAUAUAUUUAUUCCCAAAUAUUCACUGCCAUCUAAGUAAGUGUGCUGUUUACAGAAAAAAACAAAUCAACUUUUCUAGCAUCACAUCAUGACUCUAGAAAAGGAGGACAAACACAUGGGCCUGUAGACCCAUGUCAUAACUGAUCUGCACAUUGAAAGUACCUAGAUUGCCUUUAAAAGGUAUGAUAAAGAAAGGGUUACAUUUCUUUCUCUUUUUUUUUUUCCAAAACAAAACAAAAGAUCUCGUUUAUUUAGCUUUAGAAAGUACAAUUGUAAGUGAAGCCUUAGGAAGAAACGAGUUCAAGUGGAUAAAGAAAAGCUGAACUCUUCGAGGGCAGGUAAGCUAUCUGGAGUUAGAUCUCUCAUCAAAUACUGUUUGGGAAUUUCAUACAGGGCAUAAUUUUAUCUAUGCUCCAAAACUUUAAUACUUUGUCAAAAAAUUCUACAUUGAUAGAAUGGAGAGCAAAGCACUUGAUUUUAAGCUCAUCUGUCAGGAGAUGCUAUGACUACUGCUUCUGAUACCUGUAAAUGCCAGUCUGCUGACACAAUUGCUGACUUUGCUCAAGGGACGCUCUCCGAGCAUUGACCCCUCUGUCCCCUGCGUGAUGGAACAGGAGAGCAGUGUCAUCUGCAGAUGCGCUUGCGCUGCCCUGGCCCGGCGCUCGUGAGAGUGUAACCUAUUCCGAUGUCUGGUGAAAGGACAUCCAUAGCAUAGUGCAAGUUUGCCGUCAACGUUGCUUUUUUUAGGCAGUUUAGGAAGUCAAACCAUGCAAAUUACUCAUGUGUUAACAUGCAAUACUCAAAGGGUUUUAAUUUAACUCUCUUCUUUUGAAUUCUUCAUGAUGAUUUACUGUAAAUGCUUCUCAGUUUGCAUGCCUUGAUCAUUGCUGCUAGUGAUUUUAUGUGCCAGUAGACCUGAGUUUAGUUUACCAAUUUUACUUAAAUAGUAAAAGCCACUUACAAAGUGACUGCCUAGGAUUUUUUUUCUUUUGUUUGAAGUAAUUGGUAAUACGUCUUAUUUUCAGAAACGUGUUUUGUCUCUUCUUUCAUUUGGUUCUGGUAUUUGAUUCUUUUCUUUCCCCUCUUUCCUUUGUUUUUUAAAUAAAUUAUGAUCUUGGAAUUGGAAGCCCUGAGUAAUGAAAUCUUUGGUAAGAAUUGUUCAUGUAGCUCAAUAAUGAGGACCACAAAUCUUUGUUAGAAGAAUUAUGAUUCUGGGGAGGAAAGAAGAAAAGAAAAACUCCCAUUGACUGCUGAUAACCAAGUAAAUUUUUCCUUCAGUGAAUUAAUAGUUUUGAACAAAUGAUUGCUUUGUUUUAACCUGCUAAACACAAUUUUAAACGACCCAAUAAAGGAGGUAUUGAAUUGUAUUCAUUUAAAAAAACAUCUUUUGUACCAAAGCAAAUUUUUUUCUCUACUCAUCUCCAUCAUCGAUUGGGACCUAUGGUGGUGACCAAUGCAUUGGUUACAGAAACUUAAGUGAGUGCCUUGAGAACACUUGGAAAUUUGUGCCUGGGGUGGUAAACGUUUAAUUAGGUUAAUUGUAGUGCUUACCAAUCAGUAAUUCCACUAUCACUCAGGGCUUUCGUACCUUCUAGGUAAAACUUCUUUCAUUGUGUUUUUUUAAAAUACUGUAUUUUUUUUUAAGUGCCAUCAUUUAAAUUUCACUUAGUAAGUGGCAGAUUACAUUAUUCAGUCCCACAAGCACAGAAACAUAGUAACACUAGGAGAUAUUGGAACAUUUAUUUUACAAUCGACUGAAUAUAUUAUGUAAAUGAGGUAAGCAACUUUUGUAGAGAUUGUAUGUGUGAGAUAAUGUAAUGUUCUUUUCCAGUUUUUGGACUACAGUUGAAUAAACUUUUUAAUUAUUUAAAAACAUCUUUACCGAAUAACAUGUGAUGGUUUUUUGUAUAAUGUAUUUGAUUUUGUAAAUACGUAUUUCCUGAUGUGAUUUUUGUGAGAAAUGCUAAAUCUUUUAGUAUAUCAUGUCCUCUCAAAAUUGGCAGGAGCUAAAUAAUAGUUUGUGGGCGAUUUGUAUUGUGUACUGUACAAUAACUGGGGAACUUUUAUAAUUAUAAAAAUAUAUAUUAACUUUUAGUGUGUUGUUUAAACAAAUGACUGGAACAUACUAAAGAUAUUAGUAGGAUUUUUCUGAAUAUUUCAGACUUGAACUCAGGCUAGCUUUCUUGUGUUUUUCAAAACAAAAUGGUGUCUUGUCUUUUAAAAUCAAUAAAUUUGUUUCCUUGUUACAAAUACA